GAAAUAAAUCGGUUAAAUUUUAUCCGACGGUAACUGGGUUUCGGGUGAAUAUUAUAAGUAUAGCUAUAUAAAAAUGAACAAUGAAAACAUAGAAACGAGUACAGUACACGUAACGGCGCCGAGUAUAUUGAACAAACCGUCCCAAACGAUGCCCCAACGAUCGCCUUUCGCCAUCCAGGAGCUCCUCGGUUUGGGCGACAGCCACCAGCACCGCUCCCCGACGGCCGCCGUCUCCGCCAUCACGCCCAACGUCUACAAUCCGCAGCGGCACCAUUUGCAGGCCACCACGUGCUUCCCGUCCGAUCACCACGGGUUCAACCAUCACCACAUGACGAUGGCGGCCAGCCGCAUGGCGUAUUUCAACGCCCAGGCGGCGGUGGCGGCGGCUUUUUUGCCGCACAACAUCGCCGCCGCCGCCGGGAUGAACGCGAACGGGACGGCGUCGCCGGCGGCGGCCGUUUUGGGAUUGGCCGGACACCAGACUGGAGGCGCCGGUUUUUCGAUCGGCAAAUUUGGUAUGAGUUGUAGAGGUAGGGGCAAGAAAUCCACUCACAUAUGA